UCAUAACUCAUAAGCAUCGGUGUCGGACAUUGACACGGGGACAUGGCUAAUAGGAAGAGUGUUCAUGGAGAAAAAUCAUGAAUUAAACUGCAGGAAAUAACAUUACAGCCACACCAACUCCUAUAAUCCACCAAGUAAGUCUCACUCGGGAAUACAGUCCUUACUGGUAACCAGUGCCCACCGUGUCUCCCACCACUUGCGACGGCGCUCCAGUGUCAGUGACAGUCCAAUUGCUCAGUUCGGACAGAAAAGGGAAACAAAAUUCAAGGGUAAAAGUUAAUGGGAUUGAUCAAGGAUGGCACAAUCUCUGGGGUUCUACCGGAGCCUCAGGGAUUUCUGGUGCACUAUCCUGGUUAUCCAUCCUCUUCCGCUCGUGCUGUUGACACACUGGGCGGAACUCAAGGCAUCCUUAAGACUCGCAGUUCAGAAUCAAACAAAUUAGAGCUCUGGUUCCGUCCUGAAGACCCUUAUUCUCAUCCUGCUUUUGGGGUGCGUCGUCCCACCAAUGCUUUGCUUCUGAAAAUAUCCAAGAGAAAAUUGCCUGAUGAUGGUGCCACAACUUCUAACCGCAUGGGUGGAAUGGAGCAUGUGAUGCAAGCAAAUAAUGUAGAAAGCGAGAACGGAGCUGCUGAUAAAGUAGAUGAAGAGGCAAAUAUCUGUGCUGAUAUUGUUGCUUGUGUUCCCGAGGCUUAUUUUUUUGAAGGAAUGACAGACUACCAAUAUGUUGUUCCUGUCCAUGCGGAUGUUGCCAAGAGGAAGAAGAGAAAUUUGUCAGAGCCAGAAGAAACACAUUUAGCUAAGGGCGGUCGCAUAGAUGUGGCUGAUGAUGAUUUUAUGCUCAUAGUGCCUCCAAUUUUUGCUCCAAAAGACAUGCCAGAAGAUUUAGUCUUGAGUAAACCUACCGUGUCAAGUUCAAAAAAGAAAGAAGAGGAAAUUGUACAGACCCAUUUUGAGAUCGACAUGGAGCCAGUUCUUGCACUUGAUUUUUACAUUAAAGAAAUUCCUAAAAAAGUGAAUUGGGAGGAAUACAUACCACAAGGCUCAGAUCAGUGGGAGUCACAAAUGGUUAUAUCUAGAAUGUUUGAUGAGAAGCCUAUAUGGUCCAAAAACUCACUUACUGAACGGUUGCUUGAUAAGGGUUUAAGCUUUUCACAUGGCAUGUUGAGAAGGCUUCUAUGUAGAAUUGCUUACUACUUUUCGAGUGGACCAUUUCUAAGAUUCUGGAUAAAGAAGGGAUAUGAUCCACGCAAAGAUCCUGAUUCUCGCGUUUAUCAAAGAAUCGAUUAUCGAGUACCAGUCCCAUUACGAAGUUUUUGUGAUACUCACCGGGCCAAUAAAUUGAAUCAAAGGUGGGAGGAUAUAUGGGCAUUUCGUACUUUCCCUCAUAAGUUCCAGACAUCUUUACAGUUCUUUGAGCUUGUUGAUGAUUAUAUUCAAUCUGAAAUAAAUAAGCCUCCAAUGCAGGCAACUUGCACAUUUGAGUCUGGAUGGUUCUCACUCAACAAGAUCAAUUGUCUUAGACAAUGUCUCAUGGUGAGGUACCUAUCAUUAUUUCCCAAACCUGGUGCAGAGAGUUUACUCAGGGCCGCUACUUCCAAGUUUGAAAAAUUGAAAAGAGAAUGCAAUAGGACUGUCGUGAAGCUUGGUGGAGAAGAAUGCCAGCAAGCUAAUGCAGGCUUGGAAGAAAGUGAAGAGCCUGGCAAUGUUGAAGAUGAUGAUGUGGAGGCAGCUGAGGCUAAUAACAAUGACGAGGAGGAAUUGGAAGAAGAACUUGAUCUGUGUAGACAGGGGAUACUGAAAUGCCAAUGCCAUCUCCUUCUCAUACUAAUAUUUCAAUGACCCAUUUACAAGAGCUUUUUGGUAGCUUUCCAUCUGAUGAAAUUGGCGGUGACAAAGCGCAAGAAAAUGGCAGUGAAGAAGAAUACCAUGUAUACGAGGAAGAUAGUGACAACUACUCUGAAGAAUGAUUGCCAACAGUUAGAAGUAUCAGAAACAGAUUCCUUCUAGAAUUGUAACUGGAGAUUUUACUGUUUAGUUUAGAGGACCAUUAACAUCUUUUUGGUGCAGGCAUGAACGUUUGUUGAAGUUAUAUAUGAUGGUGGUAGAUAGUUUUUUUUUUUUAAUUUAAUUUUUUUAACUUUAUUAGCUUUAUGUACAUAAAGUUAAUAUAGUAUCUAGAGUUUUUAACAUCUUUUGGUUUU